ACAUCCUGGGUUGUUUCAGUCUUCGAAAAUCAGAUCCCAGCUCUUAAACUAUUCAGCAUAUCAGUAUUAUUAUUUUCUUACGUCAUCCGGAAAAAAAUAAAGUAAACACUAAUAGCGAGGAACACGAAGCCCAUAUCUAAACGCAGCUAGAAAAUCUGCUAGUAAUGUCACAUGAUUCACAUAUUUUUCCCCAAAUAAACUUUACCUGCUUCCAGAAAUUGAUUUGAGAUAAGAUUAUGCUAUUAAAAUACGGGUUAGGUGACAUGUUCAUAUUUAUUGUUGGUACUUGGAAUUAUAGUUCAAUCAGGAAUCGUUGAAAAGCUACUGCGACUACAAAGACAGCACAAGAUGACAAGAAGCAUGCAUAGUGGUUUUUGUAGACUGUUCUGGUUGUGUUUUUUUUUUUUUUUUCCAGCAAAAGUACUUAUCAUUCAAAAGAAACAUACAUGAUUCAAUACAUAAACCGGCGGAUGCAUGAACAAUCUCCAGACACAAAAGCCCACAUGAAGGCGGCAACUAGAACUCACACCGGGGCAUUUAUUAAAUAUGAUAAUGAUAUUACCGUUCAUUAAUUUUUAUCACAUGUAUUAAAGUGGUAACAGUCAUUUUCUCCUUUUCUUUUAAUAAAUCUAAGCUUUAGCUGCGGCCCGUCCUGAAACUGUAUAAGGAUGAAGCUUUAUGUACAGUUGAUAAGUUAGUUAUCUAAUUAAAUCUGUAAAAGUGCCAAGUUUUGUUUAAAAUAUAGUAUUUUAUUUGUAACACGAGUGAAUCAUUAUCCAACCAUACAAGUUCAUCAUCCAACCCAAUAUCAUUAUCUCCACAAAUAUGGGCCAGUGGGCCGGACAAAGAAGGUCCGAAGAUAAAAGGAAGAAAAAGCAUAACCGCUGAUUCAAAAAGCGUUCUAGCUGAAAUCAAGAUUAACCGCUCACUUUCCUUUGACGCUAAAGCAGGUACGUAUAAAACGUUCAAACCCAACAUAACCAAAGUAAAAAAGAAAACAAAAAAAAUAUCUACAAAAUUUUCACAAAAUAUAUUUUCAUCUCAAUCUGCAUUAGCAUUCAAUCCUCAAAAGAUGCAGGACCAACCAGCGAGAAGAAGGCCAAGACCUCGACCUCUUGAGACCUCUGGUGCUACAAUACUCGCCACGUCUCGCGUCGUUUACACAAGAACCAAGACUUCGAAGAAUCCAGCCUCUUUCCUUGUCCAGAAACUCUUCCAGCUCGUUCUCUUCUUCUCGUCCAUCACAACUCCCUUUCAUCGCCACCUUCUCGCCAUUCUCUCCGUAGCCGAUGAUCACAUCCUUGCGUUGCAAGAAACGGUCGAAACAUACUUCCCUUCUUCCACCUUCGCCUUCCUCAAGAUAUCCGACUUGCUGCUCGCAUCAGAGUCUCUCCCCGAGAAACUCGACGCGGUUCUUGAGAGGCUUCCAUGUUUGAUGAGCAGAGCCGCGUGGCUAGACUGGAUCCUGAUCCACGCCAUUUAUUGUCUUGAUUCUCUUGUGAACGUGUUGGGACGUUGGAGAGAUAAGAACAAGGGGGCGAAUGAGAAAGAGAUUACGGUGGAUAGGAGUUUUAGCAGAACAGGAUCAAACUAUGAAGAGGAGCAGGAAGAAGAGAAGAUGAAGUUAGGGGACGAUGAGGGAAAAAAAGUGACGUACAAGGAGGCGUUACAGAGAGGAAGCAGCGGAGAAGAUGGUGGAGGAAGCACAGGUCGUAGCAGCAGCAGUGGCGGCGGCGAUCCUAUUAUGGAAAUGUUUGAGAACGGUUGGAUCACGAAGCCCAUCAAAAGAAGUAGCAGAAGCGCUGAUUCGCUCACAUGCUCUCGUUCUGAUUCCUACGAAACCACUACAUGAGAUGUCUUUUUAACUCUUUGUCUUUUUUUUUCUUCUUCUGUAGCAAUAUAAGGAUGGUUGGUUACACAACAGCAACAACAACACAAACCAAUAAACUAUAUUGUCCUAGUCAACUUUUUGUAACUUUUUAUGUUGAUAUCUUUGUAAUUAUCAUAUUCUACCACAAUCUUUGUGUGUUUUGUAUAAAACAUAGAAACAUAAUAGGCUUGUAAGGAUGCUUUAAGGAGAGGCUUGUGUUGUUAUGUUAAUAUUGAUGUUCCGUCCACUGAGAUUGACACUAAAGAUGGUAUCACACCUUCUUGAAGCACCAUCUGGAUACAAGACUCUCUCUUCCACUGAAUAGAAUCAAAAGGCAUGAAACAGCUUGCUCUUGCUCUGUCGUGUCACCCAUGUCUAGCACAGUUGCUAGACUGCUGAUCAUGCCUUUUGUGAAUUGUGAUGAUACAGUUUCUGUAGAAAGAAGCGGAAGUAAUAGAAAAAAUAGAGAGAAUAGAACAAAAAUAAUCUAUAUAUUCACUUAACUAAAUUGUAAAAGAUGAUACAAAUAUACAGAAGGAGAAAAUAGUUGUUAACUACUAAAUGAGAUAUCUUCAUGAAAGAGAAAGAGAAAGAGAAUGAGAAUGAGAAUGAUCCAUUCUGUAUUUAUUUCAUUGGGUAGCUAUGCGAGACAGACUUCAAACAGCAGAUAGAAUGCAGCAUUGGAACGUCGCAAUCAACACAACUUGUGUUCUGUGCAAUGAAGAGCAGGAAUCCUGUUGCCAUUUGUUCUUUGAUUGUCGAUACUCGAGACAUAUAUGGAGAAGGCUGAUUGGAGGUCUCUUGCUUGCCGAUUUCACCACAGACUAGAAUGCGCUCAAACUGCUCGUGUCCAGGCCGAGACUCACCCCAACAAAGACUUUUAUCCUUCGGUAUGCUCUACAAGCGACAAUGCACACAAUCUGGAGAGAACGCAAUGCUAGAAGGCAUGGAGAACAUCCACAAGAUGCUAGCUGCUUGAUCAGGUUUGUGGACAAGACAAUGAGACUCAUGUUGCUUUCAGUGAAAGGAAAGGGCCAGAAAUAUCUUGAUGAAGGAUUGAGCACUUGGUUUGGGAUACAAGAAACAAAUGGAGGAGCUGGAUAAAUUCUUUUAUUUAUAGCAUUCUGCUGAUUCUUUAAAUAUAAAAAAAAACUAAUGCACUAGAUGUAAAUAAGAUUUUUUUGGUUUGAAUAAAUUUUACAUUCAUUCAAAAAAAAAAAAAGAGAAUGAGAAUGAUCCACAGUUAAGGGGAUCAUGGCAAAGAUCAAGUAGACCAAGUUGUCCUUGAAUAUGACUGCACACCUUAAACUUGGUGAAAAUGUCAGCAAAUUGAUCAGAAGUCUUAGUGUAAGUUGGAGAUAUGAUUCAAAAUUCCACCUUAACACGGAUAUGAUGGCAGUCAAUUUUACAAUUAAUGUACUUGAUUUGUUCAUGAAAGAUUUAAUUCAAGGUAAUGUAAAUAUCUAGAAACCCUUAAGAACCUAUGAUACAUAUGUAAAUUUUUGAUUGAGCAAUCUACAUAAUUAAUAAGACAAUUAUAACAAUAUUAAUAUUUUAACAUUAAGAACCUCAAACGGGUAUCAUACCGUUGAUGUUGCUCUAAGAAAGUCGGUGAUAGGUUGAUAAAAAAAAGUCGGUGAUAGAUGAGGUUUUGGUGCGAAAUCGGGAGAAAAUGUGCCCAUGCUUUAAAUGGACCCAAUUUUUUUUUUUAAUUUUUAAAUGGACCCAAUUAAACUCAGAAAUGAGUUUUUGCAUCAACAAUGGAAAAAGAGACAACAAGUCAUUAAUAUUGAGACUGGGAAUCCAAAUACAUUUUCGUUCUUUUUGUUUGUCGAGGUGGUUACAUAUAGUUAACGAUCAUGAGCUAGGUAAAUGAUAGUUAUAAAUAAGAGAAAAAAGAAAACAUGAAAUAUCUGAUAACAUAUUAUUUGAUACAGCUUUAACUUAUAAAGAAAUCUCUAAAUACCUAGAGAUUAUCGUCGGACUGAUUUCGCAACAACAUUACUUUCAAUCAACUAAUUAUUCUUCAUAACAAGUAUAA